GGACUCUCACUGCUUCCUCUUGAAGUACAAAUCCAUUUUUCCCCCUCAUCUAUGACGCGUUUUCAUGGCAGCUGUGCUUUUGUCUCUGGCUUCACCCAUAUCUAAUCUCCUGCUUCUAUCUGAUAUUUAUCCGUUGUUUUUAGCAAAUCUAAACGAACCCAUGUUCUUGUUCUUGUUUCUUUUCUCUUCCUCUGUUUCCUUCCUGUUUUUCCUCUCGUAUUUGUGCAGAAAGGUUCAGAAUCAGAAAGAGAAUGAACGGCGACAACGGGAGGAGGAGCAGGUCCGAGACGACCCGUCGGUGUUGAAGCGGUCUCUGGUCGAGAUUGUGGAGAAAACCCAACAAGCACGGGAUAAGGACCCGACCCAUUUCUCGCAUUCGCUUCUUCUCGAGAUCUUGUCGUCUGAUUCUGCGAAAUGUGGUUGUUUGUUUGGUGGGGAGAACCGCGAGGAUGGAACGGGUCCUGUCGGGCCGGGUCAGGAGGAGCUAUGUGAUUCGAGUGGAGAUCAUAGGGUGAAGAAGAAGAAGAAGAGGGCGAAGAAGAAGAGAUUGGAUUCAAAAGUUGAAGAAAAUAGUGAAGACAGGUGUUCAGAGGUCGAGAGGGAGGAUUCAAUUCCGGGUCCGGAUUCUCGGGUGAAGCCGGACCUUGUUUGUCUGUACCCCUUCACAUCCACGAGCAGUGCUACGCAGAGGAAGAUCAAACAGCAGUAUGAUCAGCUCGUGAAGUGUCACGAAAACAAGGGAUUGACAUUAGCUCAGGUAUGGGAAUUUGCUAAUUGCUUGAUUGAGGCAAGAAAUGAGCUGCAGCACAAAUCUGAGGUCAUAAAACGUAAGUUCACAAUAACAAAGGCUUUACUAUUUAAAGCAGAUAGAUCUUCAUUUGACCGCCAUCGUCAGCAGAUAUAUAAACUAGAGGCGGAACAGAAGAGAUUGGAAGAGGAUGCAUUUGUCUAUAACUGGCUGCAACAGGAACUCAAACUUUCUCCUGCAUACAAGAAGGUACAGUUCAUGAACUUGUAUUAGAAGUGGUUUUGAUGUAAAUUCCAUAGGUCUAUUGACUAUUGCCAAAUCUAGCUUUUAACAAAGCAAAGCUACCUUGAUUUAUCAAACUAGUAAUAAUGGAUAGAGCUUGGCCUUUCAACCCUUUCUAGAGUCACUGUAAUAGUUUUUGGCUGAUCUCAUUUCACAUGAUUCCUUGGUUUGUUUGACCUACAUUUAUGCAAGUGGAACACUGCUAUUAUGUAAAAAUUUAUGCAAUUCUGUCUUGACUAGGGUUCUUUCUUUGGUGAUACUUUUUUGCAUGACAUGGCAUGCUUCACUCCUAUCAAGUUAGCAAUUUUCAGUGCGUCCUCGUGACCAAAUAUUUGUAAGAAUGAAAAAGAGGAUCAAAAUUUUUGUUAUAUGUCCUUUUAUAUCUUGCAUCUGUGUGAUCAGAAACCCUUCCACUUCCCCUUUCGACUUGGAUUUUCAUGGGCCAUGAAGGUGCCAGUGGUAGCCUGUUGUUGCUUGUAAGACAUGGUGGUGGUGGUGGUCUUUGUAUCUUGGCUUGAUGCCUUGUUCGUCACUUUCAUGACAUUUACAGUCAGCUGUGUCCUAGACCAGUAGUUGAGGCACACCUAAUGUGAUUUUGUGUUCUAGAGAGAGGGAAAGUCUGAUUCCUUUGCCCUUUUGUCUUCAUAAAAUAUUUUAAGAAAUGAUUAUUACUUAU